GCAAAGCAGCCCAGGUGUACUUUGCCUCGGCACAACUCCGCCAAAGUUGCGAAAGGGCUGCCGCAGCUCAGGUAUCGGGAGGUGGAGACUCCGCGCCGGUUGGAUGAGGAAGGCCAGCAUUUCCUCCCUGCAGGCCGCGGUUGUACUUUGCUCCUUGGAGAAGGUGGUGCUCCGGGCCAGCAGCCCACAAAGCCGUAUAAUGCGUCGGCAGAGGCCAUUCCCACGGGGCAGCCUGGCCUUUUGAGCCCAUUUUGAUACAUUGCUUCACCGCCGGGGGACCCCCCCGAAGGAAUCGGGCAUCUUGAAUGCUUUGCUCCCCCCACCCCAAAGGCCUGCAUGGAUCAUUGAGGGAAAAGAGCCUGUCCCCCCCCUUCCCCACCCGGCUGGCAACGUCUCUCCGGCUGGCAACGGGCCGCCACGGAGGAGCAAAGGAGGCAGCGGCAGGCCGAGAGGCUGCCGUGCGGAAGGGCGAGAGGAGACAGUCUUUAAUGAGCGGAGAAAACGGAUACCGAGUGACAAUGGGAGUACCGGCCUUGGGACACCCAGACGCCAAGCCCAGCGCCAAGACCAACAUGCUGAGAGGCCGCAUCCCUGCAACCUCCGCUGACGAGCAACCCCACAUUGGGAACUACCGCCUGCUGAAGACCAUCGGCAAGGGCAAUUUUGCCAAAGUCAAGUUGGCGCGUCAUGUCUUGACGGGGAAAGAGGUGGCUGUGAAAAUAAUCGACAAGACGCAGUUGAAUUCCUCCAGCUUACAGAAGCUUUUCCGGGAAGUGCGAAUAAUGAAGGUUCUGAAUCACCCGAACAUAGUUAAAUUAUUUGAAGUCAUAGAGACGGAUAAAACGCUGUACCUCGUCAUGGAAUACGCCAGUGGGGGCGAAGUCUUUGACUACUUAGUGGCUCAUGGAAGAAUGAAAGAGAAGGAAGCGCGUGCAAAAUUCCGACAGAUAGUUUCUGCUGUGCAGUACUGUCACCAAAAAUUCAUUGUACAUAGAGACUUGAAGGCAGAAAAUCUGCUGUUAGAUGCCGACAUGAACAUCAAGAUUGCAGACUUUGGUUUCAGCAACGAAUUCACGUUCGGCAACAAGCUUGACACGUUCUGCGGGAGCCCCCCGUACGCUGCGCCUGAAUUGUUCCAGGGCAAGAAGUACGACGGGCCCGAAGUGGACGUCUGGAGCCUCGGGGUUAUCCUCUACACACUGGUCAGCGGCUCCCUGCCUUUUGACGGGCAGAACCUCAAGGAGCUGCGAGAACGGGUUUUGAGGGGAAAGUAUCGCAUCCCCUUCUACAUGUCCACGGACUGCGAGAACCUGCUGAAAAAAUUCCUCAUCCUGAACCCAAGCAAGAGAGGCACUUUAGAGCAAAUCAUGAAAGACCGCUGGAUGAAUGUGGGUCACGAGGACGACGAAUUGAAGCCUUACGUGGAACCUCUGCCAGACUACAAGGACCCCCGGCGGACAGAGCUCAUGAUUUCUAUGGGCUACACCCGGGAAGAAAUUCAAGAGUCCUUAGUCAGCCAGAAGUACAAUGAAGUGAUGGCGACGUACCUGCUGCUAGGCUACAAAAACUCAGAGCUCGACAACGACAGCAGUACCCUCAAGCCUCGCCCCCAGCCGGAGCUCGCCAACAGCAUGGUCCCCUCCCCUUCGCACAAGGUACAACGCAGCAUCUCCGCCAACCCCAAGCAGCGCCGCUUAAGUGACCAGGGUGAGUUUCUUCCGCUCCGGGGGUCCCCCUCGUUCUGGGCCAAGCGGGGAGGCUGUCCUGCACUAGAGGGGGGAGGGGAUUGUAUUGACUAUUCCCAACCUUUUAUCAGGAAAGGAAAAGAAAGGAAAGACGUAGCCCCGACAAUUACUAGCUGCAGUUGGGCAACAUCACUGGAUAGUCUGGGGUGGUUGGUGGGGCCUGCUGCAGAUUUCAUCUGCCAACCCGCUUCUUCACCCCUUUUCCCCCUCCUCUCAUUCUCCCCCCCCCCCCGCCUUUCCCUCCCACCCCCCCCCCACCCCGUUUUCUCUCCUUGGUUUGGACUUUGGCUUCUCCCUGGCUUGAUUUUAUUUUUUCUCCCCCUCCCCCCCAGCCUAACCACUCCGGGCUCCAGGGCCUCCACCGCCUCCGCCUCCGCCGCCGUGAGCUCCGCGCGCCCGCGACAGCACCAGAAAUCCAUGUCCGCCUCGGUGCACCCCUCCAAGCCCACGCUGCCCCCCACCGACAAUCACUGCGAGGCCCAGCGACCUAGCACAGCCCCCCAGCGGGCUCCCGUGGCCUCCCCCUCCGCCCACAACAUCAGCAGCGCCCUCCCCGAGCGCACCAACUUCCCACGAGGCAUCCAGAGCCGCAGCACUUUCCACGCCGGGCAGCUCCGGCCGGUCCGGGACCAGCAGAACCUCUCUUACGGACUGACCCCCGCCUCGCCUUCGGGCAACAGCCAAGGCCGGAGAGGGGCUUCGGGCAGCCUCUUCAGCAAGUUCACCUCCAAGUUCGUACGCAGAAAUCUGUCUUUCAGGUUUGCCAGAAGGAACCCGCAUGAGCCCGAAAGCAAAGACCGCGUGGAGACCCUCAGGCCUCACAUGAUGGGUAGUGGCGGCGGGGGCGGCGAGAAAGACCGGGACGAGAACCGGGACGCCAAGCCGCGGUCGCUGCGCUUCACCUGGAGCAUGAAGACGACCAGCUCCAUGGAGCCCAACGAGAUGAUGAAGGAGAUCCGGAAGGUGCUGGAUGCGAACAGUUGCCAGUGCGAGCUGCAGGAAAAGUACAUGCUGCUGUGCAUGCACGGCUCCCCGGGCCACGAGGCCUUCGUGCAGUGGGAGAUGGAAGUCUGCAAACUGCCCCGCCUCUCGCUCAACGGCGUCCGCUUCAAGCGGAUAUCGGGCACUUCCAUGGCCUUCAAGAACAUUGCGUCCAAAAUCGCCAACGAACUCAAGCUUUAACGGGCCAAACCCCCCUCCCCCCCCCCCCACACCGGGAGAAAAAGAAGGGGAGGGGGGGGCCCUGCGCUUGGCCCGCACAUGCGACGGAAGGGGAGGGGGGAAGUGUCAGGAGGAAAGACGGCCGCGGCUUCCCA